ACUAACGGACAUUGGAUAUUUCCCCGAAGUUGCACAAGAGACUCACGUCAGCGAAUAUUGUACUUCAAGUACUCACUCGAGUCCGGACUUACCGUACAGUACAACUAUACAAAAAAAGAAGACAAACAUCAGAAAAUGUCGGAGUCCAGUCCUCUUCGUGCGGCGAUUUUGAUCGUGUCAACGACCGCUUCGAGAGAUCCCUCGACAGAUUCUUCGAGUGCCAUCUUGACGUCGGUCUUUGAGAAUGAGGGGUCCGGUAAGUGGAAGGUUGAUGUGGUGAUGAUUGUCGGGGAUGAGGUUUUGGAUAUUCAACGUGCUGUUACGGCUUGGUCGGAUGGGGUGAAUGCUGUCAAUUUGAUUAUUUCGACUGGUGGGACGGGCUUUGCGGUUAUGGAUAAUACUCCUGAGGUAUGAGUUUCUCACCAGCUUUUGCUAUAUGUCAAAUUCCGUUGCUGAUAGUAUAAUAGGCUGUUACUUCUCUCCUUCAUAAACAGGCGCCAGGACUUGUUCAUGGAAUGUUGGCUGCUUCAUUGGCGAUAACUCCUUGUUAGUAUUCUUCAAAACGUUGACUCACAGAAUCAUAGAUGGCUGAUCAGCUGAUUUUUUAGUUGCUCUCAUGUCAAGACCAGUGGCUGGUGUUCGGAACAAGACGCUCAUCAUCACACUUCCCGGAUCUCCGAAGGGAGCAAAGGAAAAUCUUCAAUCUAUUAUAAAACUACUUCCACAUGCAUGUCAACAAGCUGCUGGAGCAGACUCAAGAACCCUCCACGAUGGAGGUAUCAAGAAGUUAGAGAAAGAAGCGGGAGUGAGCGCUUUCUCAACUCCACCACCACCGUCAUAUAGACACACCCAUGAUCACUCUCAUGGACAUUCCCAUAGUCAACAUGGACAUAAUCCAGGCCACGCAAUGCCUAUCCGUCAUACUGUUCCUUCCGAAUGGCCAUUAUCAAACGAUCCCAGUCUAGGACCAACUCGAAGGAAUCGUUCUUCACCAUAUCCUAUGGUAUCAGUUGAAGAAGCCAUGGGUAUCAUAAAAGAGCAUACCUCAUCGCCACUGGUAGCCUCGGCAAAAGUCGACGGAAACUUGGUUGGAUCAGUCCUCUCCGAAGAUGUCACAGCCACUGAAGCAGUUCCCGCCUAUCGAGCAAGCAUCGUAGAUGGCUACGCUGUGGUUGCACAGAACGGGGUCUCGAGUAAAGGCAUCUUUCCAGUGGCCUCCGUAUCUCACGCCACACCAGGAGAAAUCAAGCCUCUACGACCGGGAGAAAUAACACGCAUCACAACCGGUGCUCCUCUCCCACCUGGUGCCAACUCUGUCGUCAUGGUUGAAGAUACCCUUUUGAAAACCAUGACCGAAGACGGAAAAGAGGAAAAAGAAGUCGAGAUCCUCGCUUCGGACGUGGAAGAAGGAGAAAACAUCCGCGAAAUCGGCUCCGACAUUCAGAAAGACUCCCUAAUCCUCCGUAAAGGCGAAGAAAUCUCGGCCAUUGGCGGUGAACUGGGACUUCUUGCAUCCGUCGGUCGAGCCACCGUGCAAAUCUACAAGAAACCAACCAUAGGCGUCCUCUCGACCGGCGAUGAAAUCAUUGAGCAUUCCCGUGCUGGUCCUCUUGCUCUGGGUGAGGUCCGCGAUUGUAAUCGUCCCACCAUCAUGUCUGCCAUUCGCGGCUGGGGCAUGGGUUUCAAGGUCGUAGACCUGGGUAUUGCUCGAGACGCGCCAGGUGCAUUGGAAGAAACACUUCGUGAGGCUUUGAGGAAGGUUGAUGUUAUCAUUACCUCCGGCGGUGUCUCUAUGGGCGAACUUGAUCUUUUGAAACCUACGAUUGAACGUUCUCUUGGUGGAACCAUACAUUUCGGACGAGUGUCUAUGAAACCAGGAAAACCAACAACCUUCGCUACGGUACCUUGUAAGAAUAACUCCGGUGAUCGCAUCACCAAAACUAUUUUCUCCCUACCUGGGAAUCCAGUCUCGGCAGUCGUGACACUUCACCUCUUCGUUCUUCCCGCGCUGCAUCAUCUCUCUGGUAUCAAGCCAGCAGGCUUACCGAAGAUCCUGGUGGAGUUGGGUCAUGAGUUCAGAUGUGAUCCUUUGAGGAGGGAGUAUCAUCGUGUGGUGGUGGUGAUGGAUGAGAGAGGUGUUUGUGUUGCCACUAGUACUGGUGGACAGAGGAGUUCUAAGGUGGGCAGUUUGAAGAGUGCGAAUGCGUUGCUUUGUUUGCCUGUUCAGAAGGAACUGCUAAGGAAAGGAGACAAGGUUGAAGCCUUGCUUAUGGGGAGGAUAAGGAGUUUGUUGGAUGGGUUUUGAGGGGCAGUGGGUUGGUAGGUAGGUGGGUGGGAUUGAUUGUUACGAAGGGCGGGUGGAAUCCUUUCAUUAUUUCUUUUUGAUCAGCUAGCGCAUGUAGACUUGUAAUGAUUUCAGCUCUUCC